UGGUAAAUAUAUAAAAAAAUCAUUAUUAAAAUUACAAAAGAUUUUCUCAACUGUGACGGUAAUAUACAUUCCGGUGAAUGAUCAAGAAAGGACAUGCACAAUUCUGACUGUACAGUGGGAUAUCUGCAACCCUACGUACCAUCUGUAUAGAUAAACCAUUGAACACAUCACGAACUGUAGCAGGAUGGCAGCAAAAUAUCCAUCUCGACAUACUGUUUUAGCAGUGUUGUUUGGUUUAUGUGUUACCUUAACGGUGAUCACAAUGUUGUUGGAUGCCAGUGACGAAAUAUCCUUUAAAACUCCUGCCAUCAGCGUUGCUACCUUAAAGUUGAAACAAUCACCUUCUAACAGUAGUGUUAUUGAGAAAAAGAACACAACCGUCCCAUCACCCAUGAGUGUCACCAGUCACACCAAGACUAACGUCCAACUGAUAUCACCUAGAGGACACAUUCAAGUCGGAGAUAUCAUCAAGUAUCGGAUACAGACGAGAGAUUCCGAAGGAAUGGAUCGGAUUAUAGGCGGGGAUUUCCGGUACGCCACUCUAAACUCUGCCAAUCCGCAAGCUAGUACAGCUGGUCAUGUUGCUGACUACAAUAACGGUACAUAUGAAGUCACAUUGCUGGCAGCGUGGGCUGGUCAAGCUGAAUUCAAACUCAUUCUUGUGCAUCCCAGUGAGGCUGUUAACUGCUUCAGAAAUGUGAUCUGGCCUGCAAAGGAAAGAGUACAGUGGAAUGGAUACUUCAACCAUAAAGGCAAGAAAGCAGAAAGGACAACUUGCUUUUUGAGGAGUAGCGGGCCAUGGACAGGACUGUGUCAAUAUCCAGCACACCAUGCACUUGGGAAGACAAUUCUUGUUUGCCAGAAACCGAAAGGUUUGUCCUGUGAUGAUUUCACAUCUUACAAUACCGACUGGAAUAAAUGCAACCAAAGGCUGGCCGAGUUGACAAAAGGCGUUGAGUAUAUAUUUAAAGGCCCGAAUGUUAUGCAACCGGUUCGGAUAGAGAAGAACAAGAAAAUACAAAUCGACGCUGGAUUUCUCCCUCCUCUGAACGACUUACCGCGAUGUCUGCCCGACCAAGAAAUACCAGCUGUCCAGGGUUAUUGGUUGAAUGGCAAAUGGCACUCAAUGCUCUGCAGAAUACCGGACUUUCCAAAGGACAUGCUGCACAAAUGUCUACGCGGCAAGAAAGUCAUUUUACAUGGCGACUCAACCAUAGGCCAAUGGUAUAAGGAUUUUAACAGUGUAUUGAAAGCAGAUAACCCCAAGGCAAGUUCAAAUGUACCAGGGCAUUUGAAGCCUGUACAAAAGAUAUACCGUUCCCUUAACCUUACCGUAGCUUACUAUUUCCAUCCGGAACGAGUUGGGAGCGACAUUUAUGGUCGCAAGGACAUGAAGUACGAGGUUGAUGUUCUUGACAAACUAACCACCCUCGACUGCCAGACGUACAUCAUUGUGCUCAGCCCCUGGGCACACUUCACAGUGUGGACAAGCGAGAGUUUCAUAGAACGGACUGCAUUGAUAAGGAAUGCUGUACUUCGCUUACGCAAACGCUGCCCUAAUAUUUUAAUUGUGAUUAAGGGACCGCACCCUCGGCACUUUCCACAUAUCUCAUCUCAUUUGUUGUUCUCUGAUUUUCUGGCAAAAGAAAUGAUAGGAAAUACAUUAAGAGAUGGUUUUAAGGGUACAGGUGCUUUUUACCUACCCUUGUGGGACAUGAACCUGGCACACCCGGCAAAGAAUUUCGUGCAUAUGCCUCACGCAGUUAUAGUACAGGAACUGAACAUGUUUCUAGGGUACGUUUGCGAUAACUUAGCAACAGUAUAAGGAAAGAAGCGAUGGAUCCCACAUGGUUGAUUUUGAUUGGGCUCUCUCCAUGGGCAAUCCAAAAAUGAAGAAUUGAUGAAGCAAUAUAGGGACAUUAUUUUCGGAUUGUGCGCUUUGUGCUAUAAAAGCGAUUGUUGUGGUUUGUUUAAAAGUAUAAUAAAAUGAUCCAGGUUAAUAUCCCUCUAAAUCGUGUGGUUUUCUCAGCACGGUCCGAAAUUUUGUAUAACAAUAAUUUUGACUCAAAAGAAGGGACAUUAAUGCAAGUCAUUAUUUUAGCCUUGAAUCAUCUUGUAUAGCCCAAAUCGCCCAAUCAAAGACAACAUGUCUAUAGGGAAAUAGUAUACGUUAGGUGAAACCACUCUUUGAAAUUAUAGACAAUUCAAAUUACUCGGCUAAUGUACAUUCAAUUAAUGUUUUUUACAAGUUUAUAACUGCUGAGGUUUCAACUUUUACACUUAUUGCCAGUUGUCAAAUUAUAUAUAUAUAUAAUAAAUUUUAAAAUAAUUGGCUAGAUGUACAGCUAUAAAGCAGCUUUCGGAAGAAAUAAAGUAUUUUUUUUAUCAUUUCACUAUCCCCAAAACGUGGAUACUGACUAACACUACAGUCAGAAAUUUUUCUCAGAUUUUUUUUAUAAAAUGAUUUGGGAUUAUUCUUCCUAUGUAGACAUGCCGCUCCGGAUUUUGCGAUAUCUAAAUUUCCCAAGAUUAAAACAAUCGAUUCGUUAAAACCCAAAGGUAUACUUCACUUUAUACUAGUAUUGCCCGGGCAAAUUAGUAAUCCGCCCAGACAAAUUAGUAAUCUGCCCCAAACUGUGAGGCUUGCUUCAUCGCUUGUUCAGACGAAAAAGAUCUUAUCGAUAUAGCGCCACCAGACCCAGGGACGGCAAGGGGCUGGAUGCCAACAUGCGCUGUUCAAGAUGUCUCAUGAAAAGGCACGCCAUUGAUGGUGCCAUACGUGUGCCCAUUGCAGUGCCCAGGGGUGGAUUUCACAAAGAGUUAGGACUAGUCUUAUCUCGAGUUA